GCACAUGGUUUCCACCCUCCAAGCUCUCAGGGGCGGACGCGAGGUGCUGUUGGCGACGAUGGACGUGUUCUUGAACGAGCCGGUCAUGGACUGGAUAAGCGAGGGGGUUGAGCGGAGGCAGGCAAAGACCAAGAGGGGCGGCGGUGAGGGCGGGGUGUGGUGA